AUGGAAUUAGAAAAAAGCGAACGAUUUAUAAUUUUUUAUGCUUCGCAGACAGGAAAUUCUGAAUGGAUUGCCAAAAAUAUUCAUAAAGAAGCGUUAGAACAUGGUUACUCUAAUGAAUGCUUUGUAUGUGAUGAUUAUGAAAAGGUAGAUUUUACAAAAGAAAAGGUCUUGAUUUUCGUUACUGCAAAUACUGGUGACGGUGAUCCACCUGACAAUUCAAUAAAAUUCUUUCGGUUUUUAAGAAAAACAAAAUCUAAAACUUUUUUAAGUCAUGCAAAAUUUACAAUCCUUGGAUUGGGAGAUACAAAUUAUUCGAAUUUCAAUAAUACAGCAAAACGUUUAGAAAAGAAAUUGUUAGAGAUAGGUGCUACUACUUUUUAUGAAAAGGGUCUUGCAGAUGACGCAACUGGAUUGGAGGCAAUUGUUGAUCCUUGGAUUUCAAAUUUGUGGCUAGCUCUACCUAAUGUAUAUUUAUCAGAUAUUGAUAAACAUGAACAACUUACAGCCUUGCCACGUAUUCCUGCCACAAUAUGUAAAAUAAUAAAGAAAAAAAUAAGACAUUUAAAUCCUUUAAAAAGUUUACCUUCUUUCAUUAUUAAUAACCUAAUUAUGUAUGCUAAAUUAGAUACAGUAUGUUGUUUGUCACAUCCUGAUGCUUUAAAAAGGACUUUGCAUCUUGAGUUAGAUGUUAAAGAAUUUAGGGACAAAAUAGAGUUUGUUCCUGGAGAUUCUUUUGGAAUCUACGCACCUAAUAGUAUCAAGCUUAUUAAGGGAAUAUUGAGUAUGCUGGAGAUUAAUGAACAGGAAUUUGAUGAAGAAAUUUCUGUUGAAUCUUUAGAGGAAAAAGAUCUUCCAUCACAUCUUAAAAAUGCAAAUUCUACAUCAAUUAUCGAGUUGCUUUCUUAUGGAGUUGAUUUAUGUUCAUCACCACGUAAAGCUUUAUUGAGAAUGAUGGCAGAAUAUGUUUCGGAUGAAAAUGAAAAGAAGAUUUUACUUUUUUUGUGUAGUCUUCAACAAUUCAAUUGUUUGCGUGAACAAGCACCAACUUUUCUUGAUUUAUUAACAACAUUUCCAUCUUGCAAACCACCAUUUGAACGUAUUUUGGACAUACUACCACCUCAUCAACCUCGUUAUUAUUCAAUAACCAAUUCACCAUUAUCAAUUUGUGAUAAAUUACAUAUUGCAUUUAAUGUUGCAGAAUAUGACACACCAUCUCCAUAUAAUAUGAGAAAAUACGGAGUUUGUACUCCUUGGCUUGACAAUUUAACAGGUGUAGUUACUGAAAUGAACAAGCCAGUUAAAUUAUCAUCUGAUAUAAGAAUUCCUAUUUUCAUAAAACCAAACACGAAUCAAUUUGCCGUUCCAUCGGACAUUUCAAAACCUGUGAUUAUGAUAGGUCCAGGUACUGGUGUGGCACCAUUUGUGGGAUUUUUGCAACAUCGUGAACAAAUACUUUCUGUCAAUCCGAAGGAAGUAGGGAAAAACAACAAUGAUAUUUUAGUAGGAGAUAUGUGGUUGUUUUAUGGUUGUAGGAAUAAAGAAAUAGACUUUAUUUAUCGUAAGGAAUUGGAAGGAUUUUUAGAACGAGGUAUUUUGAAAGAGUUACUUGUCUCUGAAAGUAGAGUAGCUGGAGCUGGUAUUGAUGGAAAACCCAAGUAUGUUCAAGAUCUUAUUAGAAAGUAUGGUAAUGACUUGUAUGAUUUGUUGGAUAAAAAAAAUGCAAUGAUAUUUAUUUGUGGAGAUGCCAAAGGAAUGUCAAAAGAUGUUAAUGAUGCAUUGGUAGAUAUUUUAAUCAAGCAUGGAAAAAUGGAUCGUCCUGAAGCAAUAAAAUUAUUGCAGAAAUGGAUGAGUGAGAAGCGUUAUUUACGUGAUCUGUGGGCAUGA